AUGGAUUGCUUGAGAGAGUUGGAUAAGGUCGUGGUUAGCAGGCUCCUCAUCUUCCUGGACUACUUCAGCAAUACCAACACAAAAUAUGCCAUAUGCGAUGGCAGUGACAGGCAACUGUUGCUCGCCGUCCAGGACAACAGCUUCGCCAGCCUGUUCCUUCCGAAUGCAUUUGUGACGUUUCUGGUUAUGAACACCGAUAUCCGUCAGGUAUUGCAACUGGACCGACCCAGGAAACUGUUUAAAGUGUCUAGAAUGAACGUUUAUGCUCCAUCGACUAGAUACAUUGGCUCGAUCCGGAACAAGUCCUUCUCAUUGUUAAGGCAGAGUUAUCGAGUCUUGGACGCUAGAAAGAAGUUGGUGUAUAAGAUCAGAGGCCCCAUAUUCCCAGGAACUACGAGAAUCCCCUACAAUAUCUAUAAUGGCAAGGGCGUGAGAGUGGGGACCAUCACCAGAAAGCUCCGCAAAUUUCCACGAGAACUCGUAUUCGAAGGCGACAUUUUUGUGGUGACUUUUCCCAAGGACAUGUCGGUCACCGACAAGUCCCUUUUAGUGGGUGUCACUUUCUACUUAGAAGCUAUGUAUCCCCACUUGCUGGAGGACAAAUUAAGGAUAAAUUAUUAA